AUGUACCCUGUCGACUCGUCACUCGACAAUGCAGAGAAAUCAGCCAGCAAUGUGAGCACACAAGCUCUACCUCGUACUUCCGGAGAGGAUAGCGAGAAUGGCGUGAACGGCAGCCACGCGGCGUCGAACGAGCGGCUUUCAUCCGAAGCUGGACCCUCUCGACUAUCGUCUGUCGGAAACGGACGCUCCGAUUCGCCGCAGCCAACCGUCACGCCGAAACUGCCCACCAAACGAAGAAGGAUCGACGCAGAGCUUGCCUUUUCCAGUCCAGGCCCAGCGUUUCAAUUGCAGCAAAAUGAGACGAGCGAAGAAGCUCAAGCCGACAUUAACGAUGGCUCCGGCAAGGCACGCCGUCCACGUCGCAGCACCACACUCACCAAUGGCAACAGCAACGAAUCGCGAAAGCGACGUACAUCGACAUCCGGCUCGAAGCGGGAAGAAGAUGCGACCGGAUCUAUGAACCUUGCCGACUCAAUAUCAUCAGUCAAAUCCAAACUCAAUAACGGUAAAGCAAGAGCCAAAGACACAAAUGAAGGAGGCCCACGCCGAUCGGUCCCCACCUCGGCGGUCAAAAGCGAGCCUGAUCCUGAUGAAGAGUCGGCAGCAAUCUCCGAAGAGGAGGUCGUUGCGCCCACUUUGCAACACACUCGUCCGAGACCGCAAAUCACACCACUGACUGCGCUCGACCCACAAGCUCCUCUGCCGGAGAUUCUGCAUCGCAGGAGGAGCGAAAGGAUCGCUUUGGCGCAGUCCGACCUCGAAGACGUUCACGACGGUCACGACAUGCUCGUCCGGGAGCUCUUUCACCUCACCAAGUUUGUCACCAUGGUCGGCUAUGACCCAGACAUUGCGCGCACGGAUCAAAGUGAUGUAUUCACCACCUUCAAGCAUGCACACGAUCUACGCUUCAGCCUCGACGAUACCGAUUCCGGAGCCGCGGCUGCUACGUCGGGGCGUGCCACUCGAAGAAGAGUCAACGCCAGACUCGAGAGCCUCUCUCUCAAGCGUCCAGAGCCUCCAAGCAGCCCAGUCACCCCCAUUGCUUCCAAGCAGAAAGCUGACGGCAAGAGGUCUACCGGAGAAGGCAGCCGUGGCAGAAGAUCGUCGAGCUUCAUAGGUGCCCGAUCACGCGCCAAUGAUGCGCAUACAUCCGAAAGCGAAGGGAGUGACGAUGCCGAUCACGGCAGCGAGGAGGACGGCGAAGGCGCGAUAGACGGCGCAUACAGCCGCAGCGAAAAGGGAAAAGGCAGAGCAACGGAUUCUGGUUCAGUUCGGAAGGGAGCUGCGAAGCGAGCUCGUCUGUCUUCAGCAUCACAGUCAAACCGCGUCAAGGCGGACGAGACCUCCUCCGACUCACCCGUCAAGCGCAGUGGAGCGCGAAAGAGCAAGGCAUUGGACGAGCUCGACAGCUUCAUCGUGCGACACCGGCCUCGUCAGCUGCCCAAAAACCUACCUCCAUUGCACAUCCUCGCUCACAAUCAGGUUCCAGCACCCCGACGCUUCGGCGGCAACCUCGACGCUCUGUUAAACUCAUUCAACUUGUUGCAGGACAGCGAAGGGCCUACCGAAGGUGACGAUCUGCAGACGUACAUCAAGCUCGAUCAGAGAUGGCGUGCCGGUCUGCCGAUACAUCCCGAAGCUGGCUCGACGACGCGCCACGUCGCCCAUAAGGGAGUUCGCAACAAAUCCCACCACGACCACAUACUAGAUGCUGUCGUUGCCAGCUACACUCAGAUGCGUCAGUAUUCUAGACUCAGGCAGCAGAACUCUCGCAAAGUGGCCCGCAUGGUUGCUCAGCACUGGGAACGGCAGCUCGGCACCUCGGAGCGCGAGAAGAAGGCUGAAGAGAGGCGAGUCCGUGCCUUGGCCAAAUGGACCCUCCGCGAGGUGCUCAAGCAGUGGCGUCUCGCCGUCAACGUGGUCCGAGCACGGAGGGCAGCGGCCGAGAAGGCGGAAAAGGAGAAGCUCGACAAGGAGCAGCUCAACGCCAUCCUCGAACAGAGCACCGCCAUGCUCAAGAAGCAGCACGAAGUCAUGACGCGUGCCGAUAGCUUGAUCGACAGCGACGACGAGGCAAGCGACAGGACCAGCUACGGCAGCGACGGAGACACCGAGCACGAGGAAUCCGAAGUCGACGAUCAGGUCGACGGAUCGAUCCAACAAGAAUCGAUGCCCGUCUCGCGAGAGCCGUCUCUCGUGUCAACACCGGCUCCAGAUGGAACGGACGAUAUCAGAGAUCAGAAAACUAGCGCCGUCAGCGACGUGGCCGUCAUCGCUAGGGAAGACACAGCCGACCUCGUCGAAUCUGACACACAGCCUUCUCGAAGGCCCCAAAGACGGAGCGCUCGCAGCAUUACAGGCAGAUCGUUCACAGCAAAGGAUUUCAGACUGGAAGCUGACGACGUCGAAUUCGACGUCGCCGGCGACGAUGGCGAGCAGGAAGACGCUGAACUCGAAAGGCAAAUGUGGGAAGAGGACGAAGAGGACGAUAGCGAAGACGCCGGGCUCGAAGCAGAUGCCAACAUACCCAUCGAAGAGCUUCUCAAGAGAUACGGCUAUGGACAAAGUGCAGAAGAUGGUACCGAAGACGACGAGGCUGGCGAGAAUGCCGCCAACGACGAUCGAGAUGACGAAGCUGAAACGCACGCGGUCAAAGACGAGGAAGAGAACGCAGCAACUGAAGCUCCUAUCGCGCUUGAGGACUUCAAAGAGCGAGAGGAACGUCCAGCAGAGGGCAUCAGCGCGCGAAACAAAUUGCUGGACGUCAACGAGGCUGCCGCUGAGACUGGCGUCGCUGAACAAUCAGAUGCAUUGCUCGAAGACGACCAUAGCGAUUCAGAGUCAGCUGCCACAAGCGGCCGUCGUAGCAGCCGUCGCUCGAUGACGCGUGCCUCUUCCAUCGUCUCUUCGGACCGACAUGCCGGUCGUUCACGUCAACCGUUCCUUCUGCGUGGACAGCUCCGACCUUACCAGCAAAUUGGGUUCGAAUGGCUAGCCAGCUUGUACGCGAAUGGUGUCAACGGCAUCCUCGCUGACGAGAUGGGUCUCGGCAAGACCAUCCAGACCAUCUCGCUGCUUGCCCACCUCGCCUGUGACAAGGGCGUCUGGGGUCCCCAUCUGGUCGUUGCGCCGACCAGUGUCAUGCUCAACUGGGAGGUCGAGUUCAAAAAGUUCUUGCCCGGGUUCAAGAUUCUCUCUUACUAUGGCAAUCAGAAGGAGCGCAAGGAAAAGAGGGUCGGCUGGAACACGGAGAACAGCUUCAACGUGUGCAUCACCAGCUAUCAACUCGUGCUCGCCGACCAGCAUAUCUUCCGACGAAAACCAUGGGUUUACCUGGUGCUGGACGAGGCGCACCAUAUCAAGAAUUUUCGCUCGCAACGAUGGCAGACGUUGCUCGGGUUUAAUUCGCAGCGAAGGCUGCUGCUGACUGGCACGCCGCUGCAGAACAAUCUGAUGGAUCUAUGGUCAUUGAUGUACUUUCUCAUGCCAAAUGGGGCUACCGAGCUACCGGGUGGUGGCGCUUUCGCCAACAUGAAGGAUUUUCAGGAUUGGUUCUCGAACCCGCUCGACAAAGCCAUCGAAGGUGGAACGAGCAUGAACGACGAAACUCGCGCCAUGGUACAGAAGCUUCACGCCGUCCUGCGACCUUACCUGCUGCGCCGUCUCAAGAGCGAAGUCGAAAAGGAGCUGCCGAGCAAGUACGAGCACGUCAUCACCUGUCGUCUUUCGAAACGCCAGCGCUUCCUCUACAACGACUUCAUGUCGCGUGCAAAGACCCGCGAGAGUCUGGCAAGCGGCAACUACCUCAGCAUCAUCAACUGCCUGAUGCAGCUGCGCAAGGUAUGCAACCAUCCAGACCUGUUCGAGGUGCGACCGAUCGUCACCAGUUUCGCCAUGUCGAGAUCGGUCGUUGCAGACUACGAGAUCAAGGAUCUUCUCGUUCGACGUCAUCUACUGCAAGAGAAUGUCUGGGGUCAGGUCGAUUUAGACGUCACCAACUUUCGCAUCACCAACGGCGAAGAGCAUCUGACGGCGAUCGAGUCGCGCGAUCUGCGCAGGUUGAAUGCUGCCAAGAAGCUGCCGCACUUUCGAGAUGCGGUGCCGGAUCCUCCAGAGCUCGAUACGUGGACACUCGAUGGGUUUGAGCGGACGCGAGGAGAGCGCAGGUUGGUGGGCCAGAUGGAAAGGUGGAAGCACGUGGCCUACCUAAACCAGUAUCGCUGCACCAAGCGGCCGGUAUAUGGAUCCGGGUUGAUCAAGAUCCUCAGAGAGGCUGGCAAGGCAACACGAUUGGAGCCUUUGGAACAGCACGAGUCCAAUCGAAAGGGAUUCCUGACUCGCUGCGAUUCCCUGCUCCGCAUCGUCCAGUCUCGUUCCACCCGUCGAGAGAAUAUGCAGCCCUACAUCGAUCGCUUUGCCUUUGUCACUCCACGGGCCGUCGCGGUCGACAUGCCUCGUUGGGCACUGCCCGGCCUCGAACCCACACCCGACCUCGUGCAACCCUCCUUCGAUACGGUCCACCCAGUCGCCGUCAAACUGCACAUCGCCUUCCCGGACGCCUCACUCCUACAGUACGACUGUGGUAAGCUCCAGCAACUCGACAUCCUGAUGCGUCGACUCAAGGAGGGCAACCAUCGAAUCCUCAUCUUCACGCAAAUGACUCGCGUGCUCGACAUCCUCGAGUCGUUCCUCAACAACCACGGAUAUCGCUACCUUCGACUCGACGGGGCUACCAAGGUGGAAUCUCGACAGGCUCUGACGGAGAAAUUCAACCGAGAUCCACGCAUAACGGCGUUCAUCCUGUCGACUCGAUCCGGCGGGUUGGGCAUCAAUCUGACUGGUGCGGAUACGGUCUUGUUCUACGAUCUCGAUUGGAACGCUGCGAUCGAGGCACAGUGUAUGGAUCGUGCGCAUCGAAUCGGUCAGACGCGAGACGUUCACAUCUAUCGCUUCGUCACCGAACAUACGAUCGAAGAGAACAUGCUGCGCAAAGCGAACCAGAAGAGGUUGUUGGACAGCGUCGUGAUUCAGGAGGGCGAAUUCAACACGGAUACGUUGGUGAAGAGGCUGGAUUGGAGAGACAUGCUGGAUGACAGUGGUAAGAUCGGCGACGUUGAAGUUGCGGUCGGAGAGGAAGCAGAUGGAGUCGGGGCGAGGGAUGUAGAAAGGGCAUUCUUGGAAGCGGAGGAUGAAGAGGAUAGACAGGCAGCGCUGAAGGCGAGGGAAGAGAUGUUUGUCGAUGAUGAGGAGUUUGACGAGCGUCAACAGCAGGGUAAGGAGACCAGCAAGGGUGAUAGUGGUGAAGCUGCGCCAGUUGGAAAUGAUGCGAGAGGUGUGCUGGAGGGAAGCGUUCAGGUGGAAGAAACGGAGGGAGUAGAGGAAGGAGAGGAAGAGGAGGAAGAGGAAGGUGGAACCAUCGACGAUUAUCUACUCGCCUUUGUCGAGCGCGAUUGGGAGUUCUUCGCUUGA